CAAAAACUGAGACGUAGUAGCUGCUUGACUUACUUAAACAAGUGUCACUAUAAAAAAGUUUAAAGGUUUGAAAAAAUUAUUAAAAACUUGUCAACUUAUUCUAGUCGACAUAGUUAGCACCUUGAUGUCAUUAAUCCAAUUAUAACAUUUAUUUCGCCACUUUCUGUAAUAACAUGGGCAACAGAAAACAAAACCACGUGCUAAUAACGUGAGUAACUUAUACCUAUGUUUUCAGAUUAAAAUGUAUUGUCCUUUCUGUGGCUUCAAAUGGUCGAAUUUGCCCAGAUUUUGCAGUUCAUGUGGGCGAGAUGUAUCUUUUGUAACUGAGAAAGCCCCUAGAACUGCAAGUGAUGACCUUCAUGGGUCACGCCAGUCUUUGCUCAAAGUGACUGAUACAGGUGCCAUUCCAGCUAGUUCAUCUGUUCUCAACUUCAUGAAAUACAGACAACUAAAAGAAAAUGAAAGGAGGACAUUUUCAAAAAGUAAAAAGAAAUCAAAGAAAACAGUGAGGAUUUCUGUUGGCAUCAUGACCAAGACCAAGAAUGGUUUCAGGCCCAUAAGAGGGAAAAACCUACCUCUACAGGUUGAACCUGAGUGGUCAUUGGAGCAACUUUUGCCAGCUGCCAUAAAAAAACUGAAAGACUUCAAUCGAGACAUGGAAGAUGGAGAAUAUGUCUUGCUAUAUCCUGAUGGCUCUCAGAUAAAAAAUAUACCUGGGACUGACACACCUUUUACCAUUGGGCAAUACAAAGAGGCCAUUGGAAAAGCUUAUCAAAGGAUCACACUGUUCAUCUGCGUGCUUGAGGACUUUUUGUCCAAGAGUAAGUAUUUAAAUAGUAUGUUUUAUGUAUUUAAUGCACAUGUACAGCUUUUGUGA